AUGAGCGCGCUCGCGUCCGCGUGGGUCCCUCCGACCCGCGUGCGCGCGCGACGCGAGAAGACCCCGCGCGAGCCCGGGACGACGCGAUGCGUCGCGCGCGAGCGGCGCGACGCGGUGGGCGCGGGCGGGUGGGCGGGAAAGUCGUCACCUUCGGAAGAGCGGGAAUCGACAUCGACUUCGACGCGCGCGCGAUGGAUCGUUCGUCCGUCGCGUCGCGCCGCCGCCGCCGCCGCCGCCGCCGCCGCCGCCGCGCGCGCGCGCCGACGCCACCGCCGCCUCCCUUCGCCGCCGAGCGCGUCGUUCGUCCCGGACGAGUCCACGGACGACGAGCUCCCGGCAGCGCGGUCGUGCGUCUACAGCGAUAAGUUCGUCUACAACUCCUGCGACGGCGACGGCGUCGCGCACGGAGACGAGGGAAACGAGCUCGAGGCGGCGCUUCUCAUCACCGGGACCGCGGUCGGCGGCGGGUCGCUCGCGCUGCCGUACUUCACCGCGGCGGGGGGGUUCCUCCCCGCGCUCGGCCUCCUCGGCGUCGCGUACGCGCUGUUGUUGGGGUCCUCCGUCGUGCUCGUCGAGCCGACGAUCCGAGUCUGGGAAGAUAAUCCAGACCGCGCGGUGUCCAUGCACACGGUCGUGGACACCUACCUCGGUGAGCGAUGGGGCUGGGCCGCGGGGGUCACGUUCUGGAUCUUGAUAAACUGCACCUUGGUCUCGCAGCUCGCGCAGUGCGGGAACAUGACGACGUUGUUCUUGCCCUUCGCCGACGGCGCGGCGUGGCAGCGAUUCGGGAGCGUCUUCGCCGCGUUCGUCAUCGCCGGCGCGAGCUUCCGAAAGUACGUCGGGAAGAUAAACGCGUUCGCGACCGCGGGGUUGUUCGCCGCGUUCGCCGCCGCGUGCGUCGCGGGGGCGCCGGGGAUCUCCGUCGGGACGCUCCUCACGGCGAACGCGACCGCCGCGAUUCCCGCGCUGCCAGCCAUCAUGCAGACGAUGACGUACGGAGAGGCGAUUCCCACCGUCGUCGACAUGUGCCGCGGGAGCCGGACCAAGGUGAAGAAAGUCCUCGCGUUCGGGUCGUUGGGUCCCGCGGUCAUGUACGCGCUGUGGCUCGCGGUCACGCUCGGGAGGAAAGAGCUCGCCGCGUUCGGGGCGACGGGCGGGGACCUCGCCGGGAAAAUUUUAUCCGAGGGGGGUUGGCUCGGCGCGGCCACCGGCGCGAUCGGCGCGUUCGCGUCCGUGAGCACGCUGAUCGGGUGUUACCUGGCGCUGUCGCGGUUCAACGCGGACACGUUCGAGCUGCCGCUGAACGAGGGGUGCAGAAAGCUCAUCGCGCUGACCGUUCUGCCGAGCCUCGCGCUCGCGGUGAUGGGGGGGCCGGGGCUGUAUUUUCUCAUGAUUAAGUUCGCGGGCACCGUCCCCGUGGCGUUUCUGUGGGGGGUGAUGCCGCCGCUCGUGGCGUGGACGAUGCUGCGGGGGGAUGGGAAGCUCACCCCGGCGUGGAGAGCGGUGCUGGGGGCUGGGUUUUUAGGGAGCGUGAUCGCGAUGGUGAUCGGAAUACGAACGAUGUGA